AUGGACCGUCAACUCAAGGACUCGUCGCUGGAUUCUACCCGCAUCACCGAUCCAGAUCUCCAGUACAUCGACUCAUUGACAGAGACUGCUUCCACCAGUAUGCCAGCAGCACACCAUCAAGAUUCUCCUUUCUUCCGCUUGCCGCUCGAACUCCGCUACAUGGUAUACAACUAUGCCUUCGACUGUAGACAUCUCGGAUUUACCUUCCAACAAGCGCGCGAGAGCAUUGAUCCCCUGAUCUGUCUCUAUCACGUCUCUCCACAAGUCCGUGUCGAAGUCCAGGCUUUCGUCGCCAACACCAAACUCUGUUUUCUGGCCUCCAUAAUGCCGGAUGGAGCAAAAGCACGGCCUUAUCUUGUAUACACCAUGUCUCACCGAAUUAAAGAGCUCGGCACAAAGAUUGAGGUACCCGCAUCUUGGCUGUGGUUUGAUGACUUUGCACCACACGAAUUCAAAUUCUGGAACAUCAUUCUGUCCUUUUCAAGUGCUUGUAAACCUUCGAAUCCCGUCAUCGCCGAUAUAAACCUAAGAAAAGGAACGGUACGCCUUCUGAGGUUGGAGAAAGCGGAAACGCGUGGUGAUUGCCUCGAGCACAUAUUCGAACCAUUUCAAGAUCCUUCUGGCCUGGCUGUUGAAGCUCUUGAGCAGCCCUUACUUGCCGCUGUCCAAGCAGCUAGAAAGAGCGCAGACUUGGAAGGCUUCACAUUCCGAGAAAUACGUCGGCUAGUCGAGCAAGCAGUCUUGCCUGGUCGAGAACACUUUGAGAGCUUGGAAAAGUUCUUGACAGCUCCACUUCUCCCUAAAAACCAGUAG